GCGCCGAGCGGCUCGGUGCUCACGGACCUCUCGGGCCUCGCAGUCGUGGGCGGCCCGGAGGCGAUCUUCGAGUGCGCGGGCAAGUCCUCGUUCCGGCCACCGCCGGAGGUGGACGCCCUCCGUGACGAGCUGCGCCGCCUGGGGCACGAGGCGGAGCGCGACCCCUCGGGCGCGCACCGGGCUCAGGCGCGGGCGCGUGCGGAGGCGGCGAUGGCGCACGAGCACCCGCUGGUGCGGCUCGCAG